AACAUUAGCUCACACUUGCUGUAUGAGACUGUUGUUUAGGUUUCUCCUCUCUGUGGUUUUGCUGUGCACAACCUCCACAUUUACGUCUCUAUUUAAACAAUCCUCUGACACAGUCAUACCUUACUGUGAAGUCAGACUAACAGUAUGUAGCUGUCUGACAAAUGGCAUUGUUCAUCCCUGAUAUGGCUGGUCAUCUGUUCUUGGUCAUCCUCCUUUUUGAUACGUUCCAAUCCAUCAAAGCCCAAGGCCCUCCUCUUCCCAGGUUGACGGUGAGUCCUGCAGUCAUCAGAGAGAGAGACUCAGUUCAGCUGAGCUGUGAGACUCCUCCAUCCGUCUCCGUGACUCAGUGUUAUCUCUUCACUGAGAAGGGAGACGAUAAACCAUCCUGUCGGCAGACACUCACAGGGACUGAGCUCCUCUCGUGGUCAGAUCAACGUUCACCUGCUGUGGUCAACGUGAGAUGUUACUACUACGCUAUUGGUAGUUCUUCCCCAUCCUCUCACAGUGACCCUGGCUCAGUAACUGUCCAAGUCCCUCCUCAGCUGACAGUGAGUCCUGAAGUCAUCAGGGAUACGGACACAGUUCAGCUGAGAUGUCACACUUCUCAAUCUACCUCUGUGUCUCAGUGUUACUUCUACAUAGCGGAAAGACAACAUCUCCAAUAUCCUACAUCCUGUCAGCAGUCACUCACAGGGACCAAGCUGCUUGAAUGGGCAGGUCAUGGUCCAACCACCAAGGUCAACAUGAGAUGUAUCUACUAUGCUGUAGAGAUGUCUAUCUACUCUCCUUACAGUGACCCUGUCUCAGUCACUCUCCUGGACCUCCCUCAGCCCAGGCUGACAGUGAGUUCUACAGUCAACAGAGAGAGAGACUCAGUUCAGCUGAGCUGUGACUCUCCUCCAUCUGUCUCUGUGGCUCAGUGUUUCUUCUACACAGAGGUGAAAAAUCCUAAACCCUCACCCUGUAUGAGGUCACUCACGGGGGCUGAGCUGCUCUCGUGGGCAGGUGAACGUUUACCUGCUGAGGUCAAACUGAGAUGUUUUUACACAGUAGAGAAUCACUAUCCAUCGAUGCACAGUCAUCCUGCGCCUAUCACUAUUCUUGGUAAAAUAGUAUUAUUAUUAUGAAUACACUGAUCUGAUUGGCUCACUGUAAUCAGAUUGGAAUAUGUAAUGUCAUGCUAUCAUAUACAGACUCUUUAGUUCUUACUCUUUUCGUUAUCUGGUAAAGAAAGAGGUGUGUAUUCUCAUUAAGCUAAAGUAAUGGACAGUUAUUGAUGUGUCCUCCUCACAGGUAAACUGCAGAAACCAGACAUUAGUGUCAAUGACGAAUCUUCUCAUGACAUCACUAUUGCCUGUGUACUUCCUGAGUCUGUCAGUGAUGGUCA